UAAUAAUAUAUUUGACAAAAAAUAAAUCAUUAAUGGUGUAGUAUGAAUGUAUGAUACACUUUCCAAAUAUAACAAAAAUCUGAUUUUUUUAGUAAGCUAAUAAUAUAUUUGAAAAAAAAAGAUAUAGUAUUAAUUAUGAUUUUGGUAUACAUUUUUUCUAACAUAGGUAGUAAAAUAAGGUAUAGAUAUGUUAUGGUAUUAAAUACGUACAUAUUUCAUAUAACAUGUUUGGACUGAGAAAAGGUAAUAUCCAAAUGUAUGCAAUGUUUACAAUCCAUGAGAUGAGAUGAUGAUGAUGUAAAAUGCGUAAAAUGUAAUAAGGAGGAAUAUAACUGAAAAUAUACCUUGUAACUAUGUUGAAGUCUAAUUCCUUUCUCUUCUCUUACUUUUUCCCCUGCAUAAUUGCGUUUCAGAAUUAAUGAUUAUUUUUGUGUAAUUGCCCCUUAGUAUUAACAAGAAUACAGCCAAAUUUGAGAAAUUAUUUUCCCAUAAUUAAUAAUGAUUGAGUUUGCAGAAAGAAAGAAUGAGAAUUGUUCACUUGAGCAUUUUGUAUUUCAAUCUUGAAAUUCAACUGAAGCGCAUGUAUACAACUAUACAGGCAGUGCGAUGUGAUUACAGUGUUGAUCAACGCCUAUUGAAUGGGAAAACAGAAGGUUCCAUUUCAAAUUUGUCACUCAUCUACUAUAUAUAUAAAGCAGAUUCAUAACUCACUUUUUGUCCAUUUUGAAUUUCUGGCUCUAAGAGUGAAUUACGGUAGGUUAUAUUCGUCAUUAAACUCCCAAUUAAUGAAGUUGUGCGAUGUGAUUACAGUGUUGAUCAACACCUGCUGACUGGGUAAGAAAGGUGGUCUGGUUUUUAAGAUUGACCUCGAGAAGGCGUAUGACAGGUUGAGAUGGGAUUUCCUGCGGGAUACGCUUAUGGAAGUUGGGCUAUCCAGUAGCUGGAUUAGCUGCAUCAUGUAUUGCGUCGAGCAUAACCGGGUGAGGAUUAGAUGGAAUGGCGAGCUUUCCCAGCCAUUCACACCGUCUCGAGGAGUGCGACAGGGAGACCCUCUUUCUCCCUAUCUUUUUGUCCUUUGUAUGGAAAGAUUAUCCCAUAAGAUUGAUGAGGCGGUUGCUAGCGGACAAUGGAAAGCCGUCAGGCUGACCAGUUCCGGCCCGCCACUGACUCAUCUCUUUUUUGCAGAUGAUUUACUUCUUUUUGCAGAGGUUGAAAGCCGCCAAAUCCGAGUCAUUAAACAGAUCCUGGAGGACUUUUGCUACAGCUCUGGUCAACGAGUGAACUUCAGCAAGUCGAUUUUAUAUGUCUCCCCCAACAUCCCCCGGCGGAAAGCAGAGCUUCUUAGCACGCGUGCAGGGAUCCCCCUCAAGGCGGCUUUGGGAAGAUACCUCGGGAUUCAGGCUAUCCAUGAACGGGUUACUAAGGGGCGGUACCAGUCACUUCUGCUGCGUAUCCAAAAGAAGAUGGCUCCCUGGAAGGCUAAACGCCUUUCUUUCGCCGCCCGACUCACGGUGGCAAAAUCGGUGACUGCUUCUCUCCCUGUUUAUAAUAUGCAUACAGAGUUGAUCCCGAGUGGUGUGUGCAGGUCAAUUGACAAGAUCAGCAGAGACUUUAUCUGGGGAGAUGAAGAGGAGAAAGCUAAGAUGCAUCUCGUGGCUUGGGAAACUUUAACUAAGCCGAAGGACUAUGGAGGUGUAGGACUAAGACAGACUAGACAAGCCAAUAUUGCUAUGCUCGCUAAAGGUUGUUGGCGGAUGCUUCAGGAGAAGGAGAGCCUUUGGUCCCGUAUCCUCUACUCGAAGUAUGGUGGGAAGCGACAGGGUUUGGACAUCUUCCGCAAGAGUCAGGGAAGUUCCUUCACCUGGAAUAGCUUAUUGAAAGCUGCGGACCUUUUUAAGAAAGGUUGUGCUUGGAAUAUUAAGAAUGGGAGACGGACUAAAUUCUGGUUGGAUCCGUGGAUUUUGCAGGUACCACUUAAAGAGGAAGCCAAUGGAGUUAUUCCGGGAGACAUGGAGACGGCGACUGUCGCCGAUUUUGUCAGUGAUGAAGGCACCUGGAGGACCGAGCUGUUCACUGAUCUCUUGCCCCCAGAAAUCAGCAAUAAAGUCCUGAGUACGGCGGUGGACACCCUCUCGCAAGUUGAGGACUCUCUGUUUUGGCACGAAUCCACUGAUGGUCGCUUCACUACAAAGUCGGCUUAUACGUUGUUGACCAGGCAGGAUGAACAGGUACACGAUGGAAUCUGGAAGGUUGUUUGGAGGCUGGCAGUGCCGGAACGGAUCCGGGGUUUCGUUUGGCUGUCUUUGCAGGGGAGGAUCACCACCAACGCCAUGCGGUUUGAAAGGAAAGUUGCGGAUUCGCCUUGCUGCAUCCGGUGCAUUGGGCAACCUGAAACCAUAGUCCAUUUAUUGAGAGAUUGCCCUCCAGCAAUGUACUUUUGGAGCAGAGUUGUCCCACAGCAGAAUCAGGUCCUGUUCUUCUCGACAAAUCAGAAGGACUGGCUGCGCAGUAAUCUAUUGAGCAAAGAGGUCACGUCUUCGGGCAUUGAUUGGGCGUCCUUCUUUAGCAUGUCUAUCUGGCUGAUUUGGAAGAAUCGAACGGUGGCUUCGUUCAAGGGAGUUGGGGCAGCCUUGACAGCUCCAUCCCUCACCCAUUCGAUUCUUGUCAAGAGCAAGUUGUGGAAUGAUUCUUGGCAUGCUCCGAGCCUGUUGUUGAACCAUAGGAUGCAGCGGGGUGAUCGUGUGACUGUGAGUAUCGGGUGGAACCCCCCGUCGGAGGGUUGGGUUAUGCUGAACACCGAUGGGGCUUCGAACGGCAACCCAGGGCCGGCCGGAGCUGGGGGCAGUGUGCGCGAUCAUCUGGGGAGAUGGCUGGGUGGUUUUGUGGCGAAUAUUGGCACAGCAACGGCGGCUGCUGCAGAGUUGUGGGCCAUUUACUAUGGCCUUGAGAUGACUUGGAAACUCGGCUUUCGGAUGGUGAGGGUGGCAUCGGAUUCACAGCUUGCCAUUCAUUUGAUCCAGAACCGACAUGAUCCUAUCCACCCUUAUGCUACUUUGUUGGGUCUUAUUCGCAGGAAACUCAGUCAGGAUUGGUUGGUUAGCCUUUCUCAUACAUACCGCGAAGGGAAUAGAGUCGCGGACUGGCUCUCGAAGCACAGUCUCGUCUAUCCCUACGGGUUGCAUGAGUUGGCAAACCCGCCUCCUAGUGUUAUCCCUUUGAUCCGGGAGGACGAGAUGGGUACUACCUUUGAGCGCCGUGUUGUGGCGAGCUCUUCUUCCUCUGCCUAUUCCCCCUUGUAAUCUUCUUCUUGGCUUUGGCCUCCGAUUAAUGCAAAAAAAAAACACCUGCUGACUGGGAAAACUGAAGGUCCCAAUUCAAAUUUGUCGCUCACAGGCAUAGAGACAUUUUCAAGUACAAUUAUAGUGAUCCAUUUCAAUUCUCAUUGUCAAAUUUGUCGCUCUUCCUGUCUUUGUGAGUUUGGUGGUUAAUACACUAUGCGUAUUUUAAUUACAUUGGAUGGCCUCUAUGGAUAUGUUGUUACUAUAGGGAAAGAUAAAUCCAUCUUUUACCACCAAAAAGAUGAUUAGCAACGAUUUGGAGUGUGGCGUACUCUCUAAUAAUGUAUAAACAAUUUAUAAGAUU